GAGCUCGUCAUAUCAUCUCUCGUCGAGUAAGUUCAGUGCUCACACAGCACAUCUCUCUAUCUCUUCCCCCCUCGCUUCAGUUUCUCAUACCUUUGCACCACCACCGGGGGUUCCUCCAGAACGCUCGCCGAGAGAAGAGCGCCAUGGCCCGCGUGGUGGUUGAAGGGAUGCCGGAGACGGCCGUCGGAGGAGGAAAGAUGCUGAACCGACGGACGAGCAAAGCCCGGCGGAGAAAGCGAAAGGAGUUGUUCGCCUUCCAGAUGUGCUUCGCGGGGGUACUGCUGGGGCUCGUCGUGGGGUUCCAGUCUCUGGCACAGAAAGCAGGAUAUCACGUUUCAAACUCCAUGGUGGAUGAGGGGGCGAGGUGGGAGAGUCGUCACCUACUACAAGAAGUCUACGACAACGAAUCCAAGCUCUACGUUGAGCCUGAAAAAAACUGUACCGAACCAGCAAUCCAUGAGUUCCCCAGGGAUUAUUUCACCAACCAGGAGCGCGUUGAUGGAGCAGUGGGCCUGCACGUCCUCUGUGCAGUCUACAUGUUCUAUGCCCUGGCUUUGGUGUGUGAUGACUACUUUGUCCCCUCACUGGAGAAGAUAUGUGAGCGUGUUCAGCUGAGUGAGGACGUUGCAGGAGCUACCUUUAUGGCAGCAGGCAGCUCGGCUCCUGAGCUGUUCACCUCUGUCAUAGGAGUUUUCAUCACUAAAGGUGACGUCGGGGUGGGCACCAUCGUGGGCUCAGCAGUGUUCAAUAUCCUCGUCAUUAUUGGAGUGUGUGGGAUAUUCGCUGUACAGACAAUACGUCUCUCCCGCUGGCCUCUGAUGAGAGACUCGAUCUACUACACCUUAUCUAUCUCUGCUCUUAUAGUGUUCAUAUAUGACGAGAAAGUGGUUUGGUGGGAAGCUCUCACGUUGAUCCUGAUGUACUUCGUCUACAUUUUAAUCAUGAAGUGUAACUCCCAUGUCGUCCGUUUUCUGGAGAGGCGGAAGAAGAACUCGUCUGGUUUGAGGAAUGGAGCAGCCAGUAACGCUGAAUUAGAGGACGGCUGUGAUGCUACGGCUGUUCUUCUAAAGAAAGCGAACCACCACAGGAAACCAUCAGUGCUGAUGGUGGACGAGCUGCUGUCAGCGUACCCCCACCAGCUCUCCUUCUCUGAGGCCGGCAUGAGAAUCAUGAUCACCAGCCACUUCUCCCCCAGAACGCGCCUCACCAUGGCCUCACGAAUGCUCAUCACUGAGAGGCAACGUCUCAUCAACACACGGACUUUGACCAACGGUGACUCUGAUGUCCCGGUGAAAGGAGGAAGUAGGCGGGGCGUAGAAAAUGGCCUGUCUGGAGCCGAGAGGGCCGUCAGCGGUCACCAUGACGACCGAGAGGGGGGCAACGAGACAGAGAACGAGGACAACGAGAACAAUGAGAAUGAUGAAGAGGAAGAGGAAGAUGAUGGAGAGGGACCAUUGGUUCCCUUCCAGUGCCCAGCGGGUGUAUGCAACAAGCUAAAGUGGCUUCUAGCUUGGCCUCUGUGCCUGCUGCUGUACUUUACCGUCCCUAACUGCUCCAAGCCCCGCUGGGAGAACUGGUUCAUGCUGUCCUUCGUAGCCUCCACCCUGUGGAUCGCUGGCUUCUCCUACAUCAUGGUCUGGAUGGUAACAAUUAUAGGCUUCACGCUCGGUAUCCCAGAUGUCAUCAUGGGCAUUACCUUCCUGGCAGCCGGCACCAGUGUCCCCGACUGCAUGGCCAGCCUGAUAGUGGCAAGACAAGGAAUGGGAGACAUGGCGGUGUCCAACUCCAUCGGCAGUAACGUGUUUGACAUCUUGGUGGGCCUCGGUCUCCCCUGGGCCCUGAAGACUCUGGCUAUCAACUAUGGCUCUGACAUCAAACUCAACAGCAAAGGACUGAUCUUCUCCGUCGGCCUCCUGCUGGCCUCUGUGUUUAUGACUGUCCUGGGAGUCCACCUCAACAAGUGGACGUUGAACAAGCGUCUGGGUUUCAUGUGUCUCUUUCUCUACUCGGUCUUCCUGUGUUUCUCCUGCCUCAUUGAGUACAACAUCUUCACCUUCGUCAACCUGCCGACCUGCCGUGAUGAAUGAGACACACAAACACAGUCGCAUACACACACACACACACUGAUGCACACACUCGCACGAGAAGUGGUGUUUGCGUGAAAGAGACGUGGUAUUUGAUGAUAGAUUGAGAACGAGGAAGUAGAAUUUAAAAAAACUGUAAAACAGCAGAAAUGAUUUGAAGAAAAAAAAAAGUGUCCUGCUUUUAUCUCUUUUGUGAGGAGAGAUCCGGUUCUGCUCUUUUUCUCUUUUUUUUUUUUCUUGGUCUUUCUGCACAGUGCAAUAUGAAGCUGCUCUGGUGUUUGCUCACAACCAGAGUGUGGGAUUCAUUUCAGGCGCAGAGAUAGGAAUGACUGACUGUUUCUAAGCCUUCCCAAAGGACUGCACUGAAGACAACAACAACAACAACAACAACAACGACGACGACAACACAACAACAAAAACUUGUUUACCGACUACUGCUUGCUUCUGACGCGAGGACCUUUUUUUCCCCCACAGUGUUUUGGUGUAAAAGGUGUAUUGUUUACUAGCUGCUAACCUUUCCUGAGAAGAAAGAAGAAUCGUAUAGAUAUUGGGAGUUAUAUUGAUAAAAGCAAUGAUGUAAAGGGUUUGGGGGGGGGGGGGUUGCGUGCGGUGUCGCAGAUAAUGAGCAUUCGUUUCAGAAAAAGAACGGAAUCUGACACAUUUUGUCCCACUCCAUUGUUGAGUUGUGACUUUUUCCAAUAAUGUUCACAACAUUUUCAGACAUACAGCAAAUCAGAACUGCACGACCCCGUCCUACGACACAGAAUUACCCCCCCAUUUUUAUAAAUUAACUGAAAUAGCAUCACAGCUGUAGCUUCUGUCUUUUGUACUGAGAGUUUAUUAGAUUUGUGGAGAGUUUGUAUUUCUUUUCUCUUGUGUAAAUAGCCCACCUGUGUAAAUACCCCCCAGAUGUGAUAUGUAUUAUUUAUUCAUGUCAAACGCACAUUUCUCCUCUGGAGGUCACAAAACACCCAGGCAGGUUUUUAUUUAUGAAUCCAGGGGUAGCUUAAGUCCACACCUAAGACCACCAAAUUCAGAAGACCACUGGUGUUGAAGCAAGCACAAUUUUCUCUGGAGGUGGAUUUCAUUUAUAGCGUUUUUUAGUUUUGUGAUGAUGUAAAAAAAAACAGAAGUCAAACAUGCACUGAAGAGCUGAAAGAGGCUUCACAGGGAGACAGGAAGUGCUCCUCCUCAUAAUGCAUGCUGAUUACAGGGACAGCCUCCUUGUAAAAUGAAGCAGUGUUUGUGAGUUUAUCGUAGUGAAGACUUUAGAUUUUAGGUUCCAGCAGGUUGUCAUGGGUUCAUGCACUGCUGCUUUUUUGUUUUUGUUUUUGCAAAGAAACUGACCAAAUAGACUCAAAAACAGUGGCGGCAUUAUGAAAGAGAAGAGCCAAGCAAGUUGGACGAGGUGUGUCCUCGAUGUUGGAUGGAUGUCCUGGGUUCUUACUCCUUUGUGGUCCCAAAGAGGGACUGAGAUAUGUUAGUGGUGUUACCGUAGGAGUAGAGUAAAGAUGCAAUAUAAAGCAUCAGGACUUUAGUCCCAGCUUGAAAUAUUUAAAAGUUGGGAUGUUUAUUUUUUUUUCCAGGAGUUCUUUGUAUUUUGUAAUGCCUAAUGUCUAACUUUUGUCCAGCUAUGGUAGGUUUGUGGUACAUAAAUAUUCCUACUAGUUUUUAGAAGCAUGUACAACGUGGUUUGUGAACCCUACAUGAGGAUUUUUUUAUUUCCAAUUUAUGAGAGUCGAUGCACGCCAGCGAAGUCACUUUUUUUUUUCCUCAAAGACUUCCGUCCCUGCAGAAGUGAACACUCGUCCGUCAGGGCCCGUUGAUUCUCACUCAGAAUGCAUCCAAAUGUCAGCUUUUCCUCCAGAAAGGUUCAUUUGAAAUGUCAAGUGCCCCACUCUCUUUUCCCCGUUGAGGGAAUGCAAGUGUCGAAACAAAGUCGAACUUCUUUUGCAGGUAUAUUUUAAUUUAUUGAUCAGACAUAUGAGAUAUCAAAUCUGAGAGGUAUUGUCGUUUGAAUGUACAAAUAAUUAAUGUGCUUUUGUGUUUAUAUUUCAUACGUAUUUAUUUCUUUUAGUGACACAGGUAGAGAACUCUGUGCUAUGACCGGGAAACAGGGUUUCAAUGUCUUUUGAAUCUUAUGUAAUGCAAUAAUAAUAUGACCUUACAAAUAUGUAAAUAUGCUUUAAAGAUCAAAGAUGAAUUUAUAAGAGUUUAAAAAGAUGUAUUCAAAUUGUAAAUUAUGUUUUCUCUAUAUGUGACACUGUAACAGCUCGUCAUUCCUGAUGAAAUUAUUUGUUAAUGACUUUUCAACAAAUCCAAACAGGACUGUUAUGAACAUAAAGAGCCCAUCAGCAUGGCCGGCACUACCACACAGCACAGUCAAAUUCCUAGUAAGCAGAAUUACCGAAAGCAUCAUCAGAUACGGUCCGUUCUGGUCUAAAUGUUUGGCUACAGUUCAGAAUCUGUCGUAUCUGUGCAGAAAAACGGUUGCACCUCAGUGUACAAAGACAGAGCUUUAUACAAAUGCAUGUUUUCAGGUCCCAUCUUUCUCAACAUUUUCAAACAAAUGAAAUUCUAACUGGAGUUAAGAUUUAAUGUUCUGAGACAGGAAACAAAGAAACAUCUUGGUUUAGAUCAGUGGUUCUCAACUGGUCUAUUCGAAGGUCCUUCAACCAAUCAGAUUUAUUGAAUGAAAAAGAGUGCAGUUUGGACCACAGAUGGUAUGAAACGUAUGACUGAACAAAGAGAAGGAACAAAACCAAGAUGUUUUAAGAGAGCUUCAUAGACUUUAACUUUUUUUUUUCUCCAGUCACAUGUUCGCAACCCACUUUUAGAUCCCGACCCACCAUUUGAGAACCACGGGUUUAGAUCAUGGUGUGACUUUAUAAGCAUUAACUUCUAUCAAGGGAAAUUCUAUGGAGGCUUAAUAACAUCAGUGAGGAAGAAGAACCAAUAGAUUCAAUGUAAGAAGUGGCACAAGGGUUAGCAAAACAGUUAUGACAUUUGAACUCACAAGCUUCAAUUACUUAUAUACUUAGAUUUUACAAAUUAAACAAAGUGACGUAAGUCAAAUUAAGAAGCAAAAAUAAAAAAGUAAUUUUGAACUGUUUUAAGUUUUGAGUGAAACAUUUUGACCAUCAUAUCUCUGACUCAGUAUCACAUCUUUUAAACCGACUAAAUUCAAUCGUUUUUCACUUUUAAAGGUAGGUUUGGUCAUUUUAUCCAGCAUACACUAUUCGUCACAUUAGUUAACACGGUCUUUAGUCACAUAAAUAAGGAAGCGGUUUAAACGUGGACUGGUGCUAAGCACAGGGAGCCAACGAGGCAUUUGAUUGGUACUUUCCAUCCAGACCUCAUGGCAGUGAUAGGUGGGAGUUUGUACAGGUUAUUUUUUCUGAGUAACAGUUCUGAGUAUUUAUGGCAGCAUUUAGUUAGUUAAUAUCAUGUGAGCACAAUAUAACUAUCUUGUUCCCACAAGUUAAUAUCUUGUAUCUUAUAUUUAUUCAUUAUUUAAAUCUCCAUUCAUUAUUUUGUGCUCGGGCUUUUCUUUUCUUCUUAAUUUUUGCAUAUUCCUCUGACCUUUUCCCCUUAAGCUGGCUAUUAUCAAUUCUAAUAAUAAAUGUUACAAACUGCAGUUUCCAGGGAUUUUCCUCUCUCAGAAUCUACAAUUACACACAUAUUUCUUUGUAAGAAGCCAUAGGGCUAAUUAAACAAAGUGUUAUUUAAUACAUCUGAACUGUUCCAAAAUCCCAAUGACUGUUGGUAGUCACUUGUUAACAUCAACAUAGGACCUUUAAGUAUCUGUAUUGUAGCAUUGCUGGCACAUACUAGUCUCUAGGAAUAGGAUCAGGUCUUGAUAAGGUGACUAAUAGAGCCAUGCAGUCUCUUUGUCAGACAUGAUGCUGGCUACACGGCAUAAAUCAUCCUUUAAUGCCUCAAAGUAUAAGCAGUAUCUUUACAAACCAGGGCAUUUUAUUUUCCAGUUUAUUCGUAUAUAUCAGAGAUUAUCUGUAUCAUGCACUUUAUUGUUUUACAACUGACUAUAUCGAUUAUUUGGUUCAUUACCUUCUGUGCUGCUAUUCACUACAUGGACCUAACACCUAAACAUGGGGGUACCAUGUCCUUAAAACCAACCAAACAACCACAAAGACGCUCACAUUGAAAAGUAAAGAAGCAUCUUGUAGAGGAGAUUUCUUAUAAAUUUGUGAUAUUCACAUGGAUGAUAUUGCUGGUGUACAUAUGUACAUAGAUAGGUGUAAAUGUAUUUAUAUAUUUUUUGUCUCAAUCUGUAUAUCUGUUGAAUAUAUUUUCAUAGAUACUAGGUCUCCCUUGUACUUCCCUUUGUUUCAAUGUGUUUGAGACCUCUGAAGCUAACGUCCUUUGUUUACUCGCAUGGAGAUAUUUCAAUAUGAUCAAUUAUUUAUGGUAAAUCUUUAUGACAUUUGGGAUGAGAGUCCAUUGUGUUUUAGAUGGCACUGGAUUUAAUUCAAACUGGAUGUCCUAGAUGACUGCAUGCUGUUGCUAGCAUAGGAUAUUCGAGAUGGAGAGUGAGAGUGUUUGCAGACGAUACGGUUCUCUACGUGUCCAAGCGUUACCUCUUUCUACACAAGAAACUUUUCAAUAGAAUUGUUUACUUUGUGUUUAAGUGUUUCAAAUGUACUUUUAGAGAUCAUUUUGCUACCUGAGCAUUAAUAAAGUUGUCUUUGCUUAAGGUAAUAAA